GAGCGAGAGCGAGAGCGCGAGGGCGGACGAGAAGCGAAGGAGGGAGAGCGGUGUGACGUGCGCGAGUGUGGAGGCAGCCGCACCAGCUGGACUCCGCAGAAUGGCGUCCGAGAGCGCAAGCCCGGAGCAGUCCCAAAAUUUGGGAGCGGGCGGGCGAAGGGAGGCGAGGCGAGGCGAGGCGAGGCGAACAGUGGCGAGCGGACCCGGCGGGCGGUCGAGGCGCGGAGCAGAAUCCGGGAUGAAUAUAUGUUGGGCUGGGGCGGAUGAUGAGCGGCGCUACAGCGCCGCGUCAGACAGAGGUGGUGAAGGGAGGUGGAGGCCGGGAGCGGAUUUGGUUGGCAAUUGCGGGGGAGUGGGGCAUGCUUGCAGGAGGUGAUUGAGGCGAGUGGGGCGAUCGUGCUGGCGCGCGGGGCCACACGCAGCCGGGCCGUUGCGCGAGAGCAAAAAACAAUGCGGGGCGAUGGCGAGUCGGAGCCCGGGAGUGCAGUAAUAAGUUGGGGGCAUGCGAUCGCACAUUACGCUGAAAGUGAAGAAGCAUCCCUUCUGCCUCCAUCGCUGUGUCCGCUCGGGCGCAGACUGGCAAUUGGGGUCGCUUCAAAGCCCAGUGUCUCUCUCGGCAGGCAGGCACAAAUUGGCGCGGCUUCGCUCAGCUCAGCUCAGCUCGGCUCGGCACAGCGUCGCGGCAGCAGCAGCAGCAUCUUCCUCGGUGGGAGAUGAGGUCAACCGACGAAGCCCAUGGUUUUUAGACACAUUGUCGCAGCGCGCGCACGCAGGCCCCCCAGCGUUCGUUCUUUUUGAGUCCAGAGUUCGUAGAUUGAUUUGCUCGAUAGAUGGUGGCCGCCUUGCGACUCCGGGCCACGCACACGACCACGCCCGGCUCGACGCUCUUGGGACCCGGCGCCAUGGCGCCCGCGGGGAGGGCUCGAGGAGCCGGAGGAGGACAGGGACCCUGGAGCAGGGCGGCGCCCGCACUCGCGCUCUUAGUUUGUGUUUGUAGUUUGUGGCUGCCCUCGGGAGUCGAGGCCGUGUUGCCCUUCGGGGCCAACAUUUCGGCGCUUCCCCUGAGCCAGCAAUAUCUGUAUACGUGUGAAGGCGUGAUUAUUACGUACACGGUCGACGAGAACGUCGAGCGCAUUAUCCCCAUCUCUCCCAAAAACGCGACUCAGCCUUACAAAUUCGAUGCCAGUGGGACGCUGACCAAUGCCGGCUACGAGGAGUUGCAGAACUGGGAGCUGUGGAUUGGUUUCCAGCACGACGAAGUGCUCGCCGACGCGCCCGGGCUCAUCAUUUCGUCCGGGCUCGAGAAGGUGCCCGGCGCUCUCGUGGGCAACGGCACCACCAUCGUGGGCGUGGCCAACCCCGAUCUGCUCACCUCCAUCGACACGGCCGAGAAUUUGGACCUCAUCCAGGUGGACUUCAAAAUCACAGGAACCGAAUUCGGCGUGGGCCCCGGCCAGCCCAUCGAGAUUCCGCUUCCCAAGAAUGUGACUCUCAUGAACCCGGGCUACAAUUGUAGCAAACCCGAGAUGGAAACCAACGUGACGAUGGUGGUGUGCUGCACGGAGAACAGGACCAAGGUCGAGACGGAGAGGAACUACCUGCGGCGCCAAGUGGGCGACAUCAACAUCUUCUACGACGUGCUGGCGCCGUACGGCAACAGCUACACGGCGCGGGUGACCAUCGACAUGGACGACCCCAUCGGGCGCAUCGACCACUGGAACCUGACGUGGAGCUGGAUGUUCAACGAGUUCAUCAGCUCGAUGCAGGGCGCGCAGACGCUGGAGCAGGUGCAGGAGGACUGCCUGACGGGGCCCAUCUUCGAGGCCUACCCUGACAUGGACUUCUCGACCGUGAUGAGCUGUCAGAGCACGCCGAGCAUCGUCGAUCUGGACAGCAGCGCGGCCUUCAACCCGGCCAACCCGCCGGGCUGCUGCCGCAACGGGUCGCUGCUGCCGGCGGCCAUCGACCCCAAGGCCACCAAGUCCGUCUUCACCAUGACCGUCAUGAAGGGCCGCACGCAGGUCGGGCGCGACAUCAUCGACCCGCCGGGCGGCUGGCACAUCACCGAGCUGAACAAGCCCGGCGAGGAGUACAAGUGCGGCGGCGCGCGACUCGUCGAGCCCACGCAGUUCCCCGGGCCGGGCCUGCACACCAUGUCGGCGGCGCGGACCUGGCAGGUCACGUGCAACAAGACCGUUCUGGCGCCCAAGGCGCCGCGCAAGUGCUGCGUCUCCUUCUCGGGCUUCUACAACACCAGCGUCAUCCCGUGCCCGACCUGCGCCUGCGGCGGCUGCGGCCCGCUGACGCGGCCGCCCAACCCCAAGUGCAACCCGAACAUCGACCCCAUGCUGCUGCCCACGUACGGGCUGCUGCUGCCCCCGUCGAACCGCACCCGGCUGGCGCUGGACCUGGCCAUCAUCGAGCGCUGGCCCGUGCCCACGCCCAAGCCCUGCCCGGACAACUGCGGCGUGGCCAUCAACUGGCACGUGUACUCGGACUACACCAACGGGUUCAGCACGCGCCUCACGCUCUUCAACUGGGAGACCGAGGUCAUGCCGCAGUGGUUCGUGGCCGUGCAGCUCAACAAGACGGUCAUGCCGGGCUACCUGGACACCUACAGCUUCAACGGCAGCACCGUUAAGGACCUGGACCCGGUGACGCAGAAGAACAACACGCUCAUCUUCCUGCAGGGCAAGGAGGGCUACAACAACUUCCUCAUGGGCCUCGACAAGGGCCUCGUCCCCGGCAAGGUCCAGUCGCUCAUGUCCUUCGACAAGCGCCUCACGCCCGGCAUCGACGUGGUCGGCGGCGACGGCUUCCCGCAGAAGGUCUGGUUCAACGGCGACGAGUGCGCCAUGCCCACCUACUUCCCCACCAGCGCGGCCGCGCGCUCGGGGUCGCUGGCGCUGGGGAUGGCGCUGGCGCUGGCUCUGCCGCUGCUGCUGUUGCUGCUGUGACCCUCCUCUAGCGCGACCGAUUUUUUGUAUGCAUAACGAUCGAGCUCAGAUAAAACGGUAGAGAAGUGCGCCCGCUCCGUUGUAAGUAAGAAAACUCCAUCGCCGGCGGUGGAGCCUGCACGGAACGCCGUCCUGCCACGCUCGAUCCGAUUCUUUUCAUGCGAUUUCAUUCCAUUCCAUUGACUGGAUCAGAACCUUGCUGAUUUUCGGUACUCAUCAACCAAUUCUUUGGGCACGCAGACGUCGCCCUUCUUCACCUCACUUAGCACUGUAACAACACCAACACUUGUAGCGGACCUACCUAGGCUGGAAUUACGUAGCGUUUACGUAUGUAUUUUGUCGUGUCUAUCAACAACAACAACAACAACAACAACUGCCGCGCGCAUAAAACUUCUUCCGUAGUCAGGAUCAAGCCACUAGCUUAGCCCGUUCUCAUUUUUUGAAUCGACUUCCUCUACUACGACGGACGGAUUGCAGCUUAGCUCUUCAUCCAGCACUCGUGAUCUGACAUUUCCCAACACUAGUUAGUUAGCUACAUACGCGGAAACGUUCACGUUCACAGUCACAGUCACAGUCCCACCCACACAAACACACACACACACAAACACGUUCAGAGUAAUCACCAGAGUUUCGGAGCAUAUCAGGGGUAGGAGCGGGCGUUUGCUUGAUUCGACGAACUUUCAGGCCUCCCACCAGCUUUCACACACCGAGUCUCAACAGCCCCCAGCGUUAGCGGAUGUGGUGCCGAGCAGUCCAAUAGCUUUUGUAAACGUGCCGGAGAUUUAUACAGUACAAUAAACAUUCGACGGAACCUUCAUGAAU